CAUUCCGUUGCUGGAAAGGUGGCAUCUGGGAAAAAAAAGGGCCAGGCACGAGCUUUUGGGUCUCUGUUUUCGCUGCGCUAAAAAAAAAAAAAAACCCCAACGGGCUAUUUGUUUUCUCCUUGGCCUCGAGAGAACACCAUCGAACACUGAGAUCUGUCCCCAAGACAGGAGAAAAGAAAAAAAGAGUCACAGGACGUCAACGAAGGAUUCCCCCGACCGCUGUAUUUCUACCGCCGUAUCUCCUCCUUCCUCGCCAACGACCAGAAACCCACGAGCUCUGUCCUGUCGUCACACCUACACGAACGCAAUUCCGCCCCCUUGUCGCCGCCGCCCCCCCGCGUCACCACAACCCGCGCGCGCGAUCGCAUACAUACAACAAACACACCGUCCGACACAAUGGCGCAAACCCCCGAGCAGCGGCGCCGGAACGCCAAGUUCCAAAAGGACCAGGAGGCGCGCCGCGGCAAGUCCGAGACGGACAUCAAGCAGCGCGCCAGCAAAGAGCUGAACCACAAGUCGCCCAUCUCGCCCAUCUGGCUCGGUCUCCUCGGCUUCGUCGUGUUCGGUGGCCUGGUCUUUGAGGUCUUCUCGCGCUUCUUCCUGUAAAAAAAAAAAAAAGCAGGCACCAACAAAAAAAAGCCCACCAAAGACUUAUAACAGGUCUAGUCCCUGCGGUGACAGGGACUUCGACUUGUCAUAAAUCCCCCGGGUGGCCAAUUUCGAACCAUAAUACACGAAAAGCCAUAUACACGCAGCUCCCCCUUUUCCAUUUUUUUUUAAACCUUCGGCCCGGGAAGCCGCAUUCGGCUUUUGUCGCGCCUCGUCCCCUUGUCCGGCUACAGGCGGUCAUAUGUCUACUCUCGUUGCGAGCUGCGAGGGGGGAAGCAAUAGAGUUGGAAGCCAAGCUGGCGGCAGUUGUGGCUUGCACACGUCGGAUGGGCUCGCUUCAGCUGUGAUGACGCGGGCCUUUUAGCAACGUUUUUUUUUUUCUUGAUAUUUUUUUUUGCGCCGUCAACGCGAGGGCCCUUGUAUCUCCCCUCUUUAUCCUGUUGGCUCAUGUUUUGUCAUCUAUCUUAGAUCUGACACCGGUUGGCGUUAAUUUGACAUGUUGUGUUCAAGGCUGGUUUACAUAUGAACCGACUUGUUUCAGGGUGCAGGUAUCAGGGAGUACCCGGUAAGCAAGUCAUCUUGUAAUUAUUUGAAGUAUUGUUGUAAUGAUUUUUAGACGCCGGGCUACAAACUCCGAACCUGA